CUCGCCAUAAUAUUAUUUCCAUAUUCCCUUCUUCAACCUGGCUAUAUGCCUUUUCAUUGUGAUUCCCCGAAUAACCACAUGAUGUACGCGCAAAUUGCCCAGCGCUCCAGUUCUGAGUCACUGCCUAUUGUGAAGGAUAGGACUAAGCCAAGGUUUCGGUAUCUGAAGGUCGAAGGCAUAUCUACAAUUAUUCUCCUUCUUCUUGCCACCUUUGGGGUCAUUGAUCUCUGUUACCAAGCAUACAAUAGGAUUUACACUACCAACCACAUCCACAUCCACGCAAAUACACAACCCGAGCCAGAUAUAUCUUGUAAUUGCGGAGACACCAUCACAGAGGCUCUUUCAAACGACUGCAAAUAUGAUUCUUUAGCUGCAGCGUGGCUUCCGCCAGCGUGUCGGAACGACGAACUCACCUCGGCUUUUGAAAAGGUGGGGUCAAAUCCGGAUGGAAGCUGGCCUUACUUUGCUGAUGUGAACAUGACGCGACCGCUUUCACUGAAAGAGGUGUCUAUGCUUCCUGAUACUAGAGCAGGGGGUGGAGAGGCACAAAAUGUCUUUUACACGACCCACAGGUGGCAUUUGGUGCAUUGUAUGUAUUACUGGAAGAAAAUGUUCUUGUCGCAAGAGCUGGGAACAACAAUUGAGAGGAGAUAUAACAAUGUGGGGCAUAUUGAGCACUGUCUGAGGGCGGUACUGGAACAGAAAGAAGGCCUGGACAAUGUUACCACGGGGGCUGGAGUGGCGUUGCACUCCGAUUGGAUCAAUGGCAGGCCAGAUAUGCAAGAGAAUCGCCAUGGUCAUAACCACAAAUAAUACUGUUUGUGAUUAUCUAUCUAUCGAGAAACAAGCCCAUGUAUUUCUCGAUUGAAAUCAUAUAACAGUGCCUUAUGUAAAACUGGAAAGUGAUGUCGCCUGCUCAUCUCAGAUCCAUAACAGUAUGGCCUCAUUUCGUUUUAA